GGGAAGUUUUUGAACCCGGAAAGAAAAAGUUGCGGAUUAAAAAAUAUCCGGAUACGUGUGGACGGGACCGGAGAGACGCUUUUUCCCAUAAAUACAACCGUUAAUAGUUUCAUUUGGACAGUGUAUUUGACGGCUGAUUCAGGAAUAGCUUUAAUUGUGUACCAUUUUCUUGGCACGUUUUGGCACGCUUUCUUGGUACAUUUAUACCAACAUUUACGAUCCUGUUUUCAAGCAUGAAAUAUCUGACCGUGUUGUGUAUUACCCUGGCCAGCAUGCUGUGCUUCACAAACGCCGAUAGGCACUGGAAAUGUGGCUGCAGCUGCGAUUUCUAUCCUGAACCAGUCGGUGAUCAAAAGAAUCCAGGUUUUUCGUGCAAAGAUAUCUUAGAGAACAAUGAAGCAGCGCGGAAUUACGACGGUAUUUACUGGAUCACCUUGUCUGAUCCUCAGGAAGCCUUUCCAGUGUACUGUGACAUGGCUGGUGGAGGCUGGACCAUGGUGUUUAAGGCAGUAUCUGGAUGUGACGAAAUUGCGCAUGAAAUCUACACGUCGAGUGAAACAUACGCCGAGUACGAAAUGGACGCUCUUGACGUCACCAACCGGUAUACCAAUGACUAUAAGAACAGAAUCGUUUUGAACUGGUGUAGAUUCGGUGCGUCCGAGGCAAGAGUGGUGCUAUAUGAAGGAGAAGACCCGGUUAAAGAAAUGAUAUUCAACGCCAAGGAAUCAGACAAUGAGCAUUGGUUCCAAUUCGAUAAACUGACGUCUGAAAUUCCCUGGGCUGACAUGAAUGACCAGCCACAGAACCGCUUUGCUAUCAAGGAAAGGUUUAAACGCAGCUUCAUCAUCAACAGUGAAUAUGGUCGUUGCCCCAAAGACAUUGGUUGGAUGGUGAUCUCUGGAGGCGGCUGUCCCUGGGAGAGGCACUUCGGUCGAGACUCUAUCUUAUACAGCAAACUGACCGGUCGCACCAACUGGAAUGUUUACGAAAACGUAGGAGUGGCUGAUACCUUGGUUGUUUUCCUGCGUUAAGAAACAGAACCACAACUCACGUGCACACCUGACCAGUGACCGGAACGAAGAAACCUGAUGAGGCAGUAGAUUUGAGUUUGCUUGCUGUACUGGCAGGGUUAUUGGAUUUGGGAUUCGCCUAUUGCUUAUACCGUAAACUGCCGCUUAUAAGCCCUGGGCUUGUACAACUUCUUAAGGGUUUUCAAAUGGCUUAUAAACGGAGGGGCUUACAUCCGAGGGG